AUAGUCUGCUUCCGCUUCAUAUGUUAUUUGGUAGAAGGAGAUCUGUUUUUAUUUUUUCACGUUAAAAACAACGUUGCAGUUUUCACGUCCUCUCCAAAGCAAACCCUACUGAGGAAGUCAGCCUGCUUUCGCCAAUGUUUAGAAGGUGACAUCAUCCUGGUUUGACCACAUAACGGGCACCAUGGGGAAGCGAUACUACUGUGACUACUGUGACCGGUCCUUUCAGGACAACAUGCACAACAGGAAGAAACAUCUGAACGGAGUUCAACACCACCGUGCUAAAAAGGCCUGGUAUGACUACUUUAGAGAUUCUUCAGCCAUUUUAUGUGAUGAGCAAACAAAGAAACCCUGCCGGAAGUUCCUCCAAAAAGGAAUUUGUGAUUUUGGCCCAAACUGCAGGUUUUCGCACAUGUCCGAAGACGACAUGUUUGAUUUAAAAAGACAGGUGGAAGAUGAACGACGGCUCAGAGAGGACUACGUAGACCGAAAGUUGCCUGGGCGAAGUAUAGAAGACUGGCUCUCUAGAUGGGAGAAAAAGCAAACUGCCCUCGGCAGCAAAGGAGAUCUAAAAGAUAAGGAAGACAGCGAAGAGGGCCCAGAAGAAAGUGACAUCCCUCAACACCUCCUCUCCCUCGCUGUCCUCCCACCCUCUCUGCUCCCUCCUCCUCCAGGCGGAUGGAAGGUCAAAGGGAACACAGAAUGGGGUUGAAUGAAAUUCACUGUGUGGUUCAAAUCACCGUUAAGUGCGUGUGUCACAUUAAUAGGAGGAAUCCAUGUGUUUCCCGGAAUGGAGAAUGAAUUCAUAAUUGAUCAUUUCAGUCUGUUUUACAUGUAAAGGAUGCCCUUUGAGAUCUGCUCCUCUUUUCUCCACCUCUGUACUUGAAUGUCUGCAGUGAAUUUUUUUUUUUUCUUCUUUUAAACAUUUUUUGUAUUCAACUUUUAUUUGCAACCAAUGUCCCAGUUGUAAACCGAUAAAAACAAAGACCAUGCUC